AUGAAGUCUCUUUUCUGUAUUCUCAUUUUCAUUGGAUGUCCCAGUGCCGUCUUCGGAUGCGCCGGGUAUCAGUUCGAUCAAACUGCUCAAGAAGCUAUCGUCAAAGCUCAUAAUGACCUCAGAUCUGAUAUUGCUAAAGGCAGAAAUCGUACGUAUCGUGGAGCACUCCUAAAAGAAGCAUCAAACAUGCGUAAAAUAAAAUGGGAUUCGACUCUUGAGAAGUCUGCUCAAGAGUUAGCAGACACCUGCCAAGAAGAAAAGUACAGAAUUGCUAAAUAUCAUAGGAUUAGUACUAACCCCUCCGAAAGCAGUAUUCAGCAGUUAGCUGUGAAUGCCACGACAUACUGGAAGGAGCAGUUCCGCUUUCAGAGCUUUAAUGCAGACUAUUUCAAGAAUGCAAUCACAAAGGAUAGUCAAAUAACAAAUAAUUCUUCCCUGUACAAACAAGGAACGGCCUGCUCUUCGUGCGGUUCCGGUUUCAAAUGUGAGGAGGAUUCUGGGUUGUGUGUUCCCGUAUAA